AUGGCGGCGGCGAUGGCGGCGGCUUCGGGGCCCGGGCCAGGGGCGGCAGGGGUCGCGGGCCGCUUCGCGGGGCUGUCGCUAGUGCAGCUGAACGAGCUGCUGGAGGAUGAGGAGCAGCUGACCGGCAUGGUGCAGGAGAUGGAGGAGACACAGAAUGUUCAGCUUAACAAAGAGAUGACUCUUGCCAAUAACCGAAGCCUGGCAGAAGGAAAUCUUUUGUACCAACCACAACUGGACACUUUGAAAGCCAGUUUGACCCAAAAAUAUCAGGAACUACAGGUUCUCUUUGAAGCCUAUCAAAUCAAGAAAACCCAAUUAGAUCAGCAAUCCAGCAAUGCUUCUCUGGAGACGUUGCUAGCCCUUCUUCAAACAGAGGGGGCCAAGAUUGAAGAAGAUACAGAGAAUAUGGCAGAGAAGUUCCUUGAUGGAGAGGUCCCUCUAGAUUCGUUCAUCGAUGAAUAUCAGAAUAAGCGAAAACUAGCCCAUUUACGUCGAGUAAAGAUUGAGAAACUUCAGGAAAUGGUGCUAAAGGGCCAGAGACUUCCAAAGGCCCAAGUCCAGUUGCAGCCCAGGGUGGCAGAUCCGACACCAGCUCCGAUGGUGCCCUACCCAGCUUCAGAUCCCAGCGUGCCCCCUUCGGUUGUGCCACGGCGGAUCCCUCCACCGCCACCACCAGUCCCCGCUGGACGGUUUGCCACUCCGUUUACAGUAGCCAUGGGAUCGGGACAGGCUCUUCCUUAUCCCGCAUUGCAGUGCCCUCCUCUUCCUCCCAGAGCGGGUCUUCCAUCUGUUAGUCACAGCCCCCAGCCGGGAUACCCUCCGCAGUUUGCCUCGCCGUACCCCCCGGCCCUCCCCCAGAGACCUCCUCCCAGGCUGCCCCCGCAUCCUGGCUUCAUCCUUCACUGAGUCUGCGGCUGCACCGCCAUCGCAGUGCCAGUGCUCGGAGCUGCACCCCUCCUCCUUCCCCAUAAACGCUUUCCCAAUCUGGAGUCCUUGCCCUCUGGGCUUUGUGCACACGGAGAAAAACACUUCUUGUUGGGCAAGAACACGUCGUGUUUUUAGAAUCCUAGUUCUUUGUAGGUAGCCUGUGAUGCAACUUGGUUUUUGUCAACCAGCAGGUUGUAUAAGCUGGUCUGGAGAAUGAAGCCAACAGACUUUGGUUGUUUGCAGCUCUCGAUGCGAUCUUAGUGUCCUAGUGCGGAUGGCUGAGACGUUCAGGUCAGGAGGAAGACGUGCCUCCCUGCCGCCAUUCUCAGCCCGGCUAGACGCGUGUUCCCUUGCCGUUUAGUUCAGCAUGCUCAGUUCUAGCUCUGUUUCCACAUUGCUCAGGCCAGUUUGCUAUGGGGCAAAGCAGCAUGGAGGGCCUCUGCUGCUUGUAAAAUCCCAGACAGGCACCGCAGAUGUUGACUUUGGUGUAUUUACUUUCUACAUGGAUCUGCUUUUGGGGAGCAUCGUGACAUUACCAACCCUUGCAAAGCUACAAAGCAAAGUUUGCACUUGCCCAAAUGUCGUGUGAUGAGGCCUGGAGAGAGAAUUGGGAUCGGGGUCUUGUCUCUGACAUUCCCCUUUGAUCCCUGUGCUUCCCAUACCUGACCCCGAAGAGCUCUCUCCCAAUCAUUUCCAUUAAGAAAUACCCCGGAAAUAUUUUUGCAACUCGUGAAAUUUUCCUGUUUUCUACAAAAAAAAGUUUGAUGCUCAUAGCACCAUUCAGGGAAACUCAAAAAUGCAGGAUACUUAUCAUCGUGCAGAUCAAAUGCAGAUUCCUCUCCUAGGAGCAAUGCAUUGUUGCACAUGUGUGCGCGCCGUGCCUUAGGAUUACUGUCGGUGAUUGGACGCCUGGGUCGCCUCCCAAUCACCUAAUGGCCAUAGCUUCAUUUUUGACUCAAAGGGCUCUGGAAGGGCUGCGAUGGAUGACUUGGCCCUAGUCUGGCCUCAGGGCAGGAAUUGCUGUCUGCACCCUUUAGAGUCACUGGCUCUCCUUUCAGGGAAAGACUUUUCCCUCAAAAUAGUGCUGAUGCUCAUCCGUCCGCAAAAAGCAGAAGAAAUCUUUUCCCACUGAGCCUGAAAUCUAUUGUUAUUCUCCACUCGCCAUGCAAUGUGCAGAUGGGAAUGGGUGACCAUGGUGCUGCAGGGAACACAGGGUUUGUGGGGCAGGUAGGACGGAUUAUGGAAAAACAUUUCAAAUAGGUUUGCAGGAAGAACUGCAAAGGAUGGGCAUGGCUCAGUGAGGGAAAGGUUCUUCCUAGCCACAUCGACACUCUUGCCCUGUGAUACUGAACUCUCUCCAACAUUGGGGUAAGUCCUUGGCCUCAGCCUUCUGGAUCCAGGCCAUGGACACUGCACAGCCUCUGGUGGUGGUACUUCUCAGUGUCCCGAACCUGAAGCUGGAGGCAGGGCCCCAGUGCCACACCUGUCAUCGGUGUAUUCACUACAUGGUGGAAGCCAACUCCAAAGAAGGCUCGGGAGCUGUGUGGAAUUUGGAGUAAAGAGAGAACUGAGGCCUGUUCCUUUUAGGUCUGACGGAUGGCAGCUCGUGCCAACUUGCAAACAGUUGUGAUUCUGGACUUGAACUCCACUGGAUAGGCAACCACUUUAAAGAGAAGAAAACUAACAGAUGAUAGGUGCCACAUCAGGCAAGCGGACUUGCCGCGUUAGAUCAAAGCCGUUGUUUUCUUAUACCUCGUUAGCUGCGCUCCACUCUUCAAGCAAAUCUGACUCCCACCGUGGUCGAGUCAGGAGCCAAAAGUAUUUGUGUUUUGUUUCUGAGAUUGUGAAAAUGGCACUAGGAGGCUGGCUUUGUCCAGGGGCCAUAUUUGGAACUGUGAGUGUAGGUCCAUAGGAAACUUUAAUAAAAGAGAUGAUUAUUAAUAA